GUCCGCGCGCAGCUUCUGCAGCGGCCGCAGGCGCGGGUCCGGUCGGAGCGCUGCACCGACGCGGCGAUGGCGCUCUGGCUGCUGCACGUCGUGCAGAAGCUGCUGCUCUGGGGCUCGCUGGGCGCCGUCUCCGUGGCGGGCGCCACCCUCGCCCUGACCCUCCUGCAGAUGGUGGCUAGCUACGCGCAGAAAUGGCUGCGGUUGAGGCCUGUCCCGUCGUUGCCCGGCGCCUACCCCUUGGUGGGACACGCGCUGGUGAUGAAGCCCGACGGCAGAGAUUUUUUUCAGCAGCUAAUUUAUUACACUGAAGAAUACCGACACGUGCCACUGCUGAAACUCUGGCUGGGGCCAAUGCCUACAGUGGUCCUUUAUAAUGCAGAAAAUGUGGAGGUAAUUUUAACUAGUUCAAGGCAAAUUGACAAAUCCUAUAUGUACAAGUUCCUAGAACCAUGGCUUGGCCUAGGACUUCUGACAAGUACUGGAAACAAAUGGCGCUCUAGGAGAAAAAUGUUAACACCCACUUUCCAUUUUACAAUUCUGGAAGAUUUCUUAGAUGUCAUGAAUGAACAAGCAAAUAUAUUGGUUAAUAAGCUUGAAAAACAUGUUAACCAAGGAGCAUUUAACUGCUUUUUUUACGUCACUCUUUGUGCCUUAGAUAUAAUCUGUGAAACAGCUAUGGGGAAGAAUAUUGGUGCUCAGACUAAUGGUGACUCCGAGUAUGUCCGUGCAGUUUAUAGGAUGAGUGACAUGAUACAUCGAAGAAUUAAGAUGCCCUGGCUCUGGCUUGACCCUUUUUACAUUAUGUUUAGAGAAGGAUGGGAACACAAAAGGAGCCUAAAGAUCCUGCAUGAUUUUACCAACAGGGUCAUCGCUGAACGGGCGAAUGAGAUGAAGAGAGAUGAAGACAGAAGUGAUAGCCAGGGCUCCUCCCCCUCCAAAAACAAGCGCCGGGCUUUCCUUGACUUGCUUUUAAAUGUGACGGAUGAUGAAGGGAAGAAGCUAAGUCAUGAAGAUAUUCGAGAAGAAGUUGACACCUUCAUGUUUGAGGGCCAUGAUACAACUGCCUCUGCAAUAAACUGGUCCCUCUACCUACUGGGGUGUUAUCCAGAAAUCCAGAAGAAAGUGGACAAUGAACUGAACGAAGUGUUUGGGAAGUCUGAUCAUCCCGCCACCUUAGAAGACCUGAAGAAACUUAAAUAUCUGGAAUGUGUUAUUAAGGAAAGCCUUCGCCUUUUUCCUCCUGUUCCUUUAUUUGCUCGUAAUCUAAAUGAAGACUGUGAAGUGGCGGGUUACAAAAUUGUGAAAGACUGUCAAGCAAUCAUUGUCACCUACGCGCUGCACAGAGACCCACGACACUUCCCAGACCCCGAGGUCUUCAAGCCGGAGCGGUUCCUCCCUGAGAAUUCGCAGGGACGCCAUCCGUACGCUUACGUGCCCUUCUCUGCUGGGCCCAGAAACUGUAUAGGUCAAAAGUUUGCCACACUGGAAGAAAAGACCAUUCUUUCCUGCCUUCUGAGGCAUUUUUGGGUAGAAUCCAACCAGAACAGAGAAGAACUUGGUCUGGCAGGAGAGCUGAUUCUUCGUCCAAGUAAUGGCAUCUGGAUCAAGUUGAAGAGGAGAAACACGGAAGAAUCCUAACUGCAUUGCUGGGCUGUGCUCUUCUCAUGUAAAAGGCCUUUGUUUAAGGGGACAUCACAUUUACAGUUUGUAGAUCAUGGGUUCAAUACUCUUAAUCUCUAGACCUCAUUUUUUCUUGUUCCCACUUACCUUGGGGUCAAGUCUACCAAAGAGAGAGUUUUUAUAUUUUCACCACCACCACAGAUCUUAUCCCUGGUCUUGAUCCCAAAAUCAGAAUUAACUGAUGGCAAUACCCAAAUAAACAAGUUUCUCAAAAGAAGGACCCAAAGGCAUCCGAAAGGAUUCAAUUUCGAUUGACAGGCUGAAGGGAUAUCACUGAAUUUCCAGAAUUUUUUAAAGGUAGUCUUACAUAUACAUAUACAUUUAAUUUGAAAAGGGUGAGUAAUUAAGUAUUUAGUCUUGAGCUUAAGUUUUUUAAAUUAUGUAAGUGGCAUCAACUAUGAGAAGAACAAUUAUUAUGGCACUUUCCUGAUUUUAUCACCUGGAGUAGAUCAUCUCUAAGUUGGUUCUGUUCGUAUUUCCCUUUGAUUGUGUACCUACAGGCUUCAUUUAGUGCUUCACGAUGUCACAGUUGCCUUAUAUAUCACAUAUUAUGGGGAGAUAGACUCCUCUUUGUAAUCUCUAGUCACUCACAGAGCCUCACACAGUUAUAGCUUUUGGAGCUGGAAGGACCUUAGAGCUUAUCUAGUCAUAGUCCCUUUCAUUAGAAGGGAAUGAGGUUUAUGAGAAGAGACGUUUCUGCCCGAAGGCAUGGUACUAGUGGGUGACAGGGCUGGAAAUAAAGGUCUGUACUCUAAAUCUCACCACUCCUGGUAUGAUACACUUCUACUAAAAUAUGCUACUGCUUUAUGAAACUCAGGUCUGUAAUUACUUAUGUCAUUAGAACACAGAUUUUUCUUCCUCUGAUUUUGGCACAUUUUUCCAGAAUCCUUCUACCAGUAAAGGAAAUGAGAAGCCAGUCACCCGUAUUUGGCAUCCCAGUAGGCUCUCUCAGUUUAGGGUGAGACUUUCAGUAACUCAAUCCUCCAGAACGUAUCUAUCAAGCUGAUAACUGACACACAUUCCCUGAAUUUUAAUUUCAUAGCAGAGAGAAGCAACACAUUAAGAGGAUGGAAUAUGUAUUUUUCAAUGGAUAUCAAAGAAGGGGUUUACAAAACCAAGAUCAUCUAGCAGGCGCUACGAGGCAGGGGUAUUUAGGGCCAGGUCAGCCACUGUACCCACUUUAUUAUCCCAAGAAGUCCCAGUGUAGACCACCAAGCCCCUAAGUUGAUGAGAAAAAGCCAAGGACGUAUAUGAGCCAGUUGAAAAAGACUCACCAUAUGGUUACAUUUCUUAUCUAAAAAGAGGAUAAAAGUAGAAAACCUCAUUCCCAGGUGACUUUGGAUAACUGACAUUUUAUUCAUGUAAAUCGGUAUUAUUUACCAAUUGUAUGCUAAACUUACAUUUAAACUUUACUUUUUUUCUGUGUGUAACCCCAUACUAGACAUGAAAUUAAAUUUAAAGUAAAACAUU